AUGAGACUCCAAAGCUGUGCAGAAAUUCUAACCUGAAAUGGUUCUCAACCGGUCUCUGUCCAUUUAAGGACGUUGACCUCUAAUUCUGUGGAUUACCAAGUGGGGCAGGGCUGUUCUUCCUACCAGCCACCGCUGGAAAGUCUUUUAAGAAGCCAGUCAUGGCGGCUCUGCAAAGGCGCGCGCCCUGCUACGAGCUGCUCCUGCUUUUCAAUCUGUUGUGGUGGUGGGGCUCCGAAGCUGGGCAGCUCCGCUACUCUAUUCCCGAGGAGCUGGACAAAGGCUCCUUCGUGGGCAGCAUCGCCAAAGACCUGGGGCUGGAGCCCCGCCAGCUGGCGGAGCGCGGGGUCCGCAUCGUCUCCAGAGGUAGGUCGCAGCUUUUCUCCCUGAACCCGCGGAACGGCAGCUUGGUCACCGCGGGCAGGAUCGACCGGGAGGAGCUGUGCGCCCAGAGCGCACCCUGUCUAGUGAGCUUUAACAUCCUUGUGGAGGAUAAGCUAAAUCUUUAUCCUGUGGAAGUAGAAAUAGUGGACAUUAAUGACAACGCGCCCCGAUUCUUAAAGGAAGAAAUGGAAUUGAAAAUUCUUGAAAACGCAGCUCCGUCCUCUCGUUUUCUGCUAAUGGGUGUCUAUGACCCUGAUGUGGGCGUGAACUCCAUUCAGAGCUUCAAGCUCAACAGUAAUAGUCACUUCUCAGUGCAUGUGAAAAGCCAAGCGCAUGGGCCCAAGUACCCGGAGCUGGUCUUGGAGCACGCCCUGGACAGGGAAGGAGAAGCAUUUCACCAUCUGGUCCUUGUUGCCCUGGAUGGCGGUGACCCUGUCCGAACAGGCGUGGCACGAAUUCUCGUAACUGUCCUAGAUGUGAAUGACAAUGCUCCAGUAUUUUCUCAGCCUGUCUAUCGUGUGAGUGUUCCUGAAAAUCUGCCCGUGGGCACACGGGUGUUAACAGUUAAUGCCACUGACCAGGAUGAAGGGGUCCAUGCAGAAAUAAGGUACUCCUUUGUAACAAUCACAAAAGAGAUAUCGCAUAUUUUCUCCCUGGAUACUUCAACCGGAGAAAUUUCCACUUCUGAAACUCUAGACUAUGAGGAUUCGAAGUUUUACGAGCUGGAUGUUGAAGCCCGGGAUCAGCCGGGCCUUCAAGACCGAGCAAAGGUCUUAAUCACCGUCUUGGAUGUGAACGACAAUGCGCCAGAAGUGGUUGUUACAUCUGGUAGCAGAGCAAUCCCUGAAAACGCGCCUCCGGGGACAGUGAUUGCUCUUUUUCAGGUUUAUGACAAAGACUCUGAACAGAACGGCCUGGUAACAUGCUCCAUCUCAGAAAGUCUCCCCUUUAAACUGGAAGAAUCAUUAGACAAUUAUUUUCGAUUAGUGACAAAUUCGGAACUGGAUCGGGAGCAGGUACCCUCCUAUAACAUCACGGUGACAGCCACUGACAAAGGAAUGCCACCUCUGUCCACAGCAAGGCUCAUCUCCUUACAUGUGGCAGACAUUAAUGACAACCCACCAGUUUUCACACGUUCAUCCUACUCUGUUUAUGUCCCUGAGAAUAACGCUAAAGGCAUCUCCAUCUUCUCUUUAAACGCAGUGGACCCUGACAGUGAAGAGAAUGCCGAAAUCAUCUACUCUCUAGCACAAGAAACCCUUCAGGGUACACCUCUAUCCUCCUUCCUCUCUAUCAACUCCAACACUGGUGUCCUGUAUGCACUGUGCUCUUUUGACUAUGAGCAGUUUAGAGACCUGAAUCUACUAGUAACAGCCAAUGACAGGGGGAAACCCCCACUCAGCAGCAACGUGUCAUUAAACUUGUUUGUGCUGGACCAGAAUGACAAUACACCCGAGAUCCUGUACCCCACCCUCCCCACUGACGGUUCCACUGGUGUGGAGCUGGCUCCCCGCUCUGCAGAGCCUGGAUACCUGGUGACCAAGGUGGUGGCUGUGGACAAAGACUCAGGACAGAACGCCUGGCUGUCCUACCGCCUCAUCAAGGCCAGCGAGCCGGGACUCUUCUCGGUGGGGCUGCACACAGGUGAGGUACGCACGGCCAGGGUCCUGCUAGACAGAGAUUCGCUCAAGCAGAAUCUGAUUGUGGCUGUGCAGGACCACGGCCAGCCCCCUCUCUCAGCCACUGUGACACUCACUGUGGCUGUGGCCAGCAGCAUUCCUGACAUCCUGGCUGACUUGGGCAGCCUCGAUAUUCCACCCAAGUCUGAUGAUUCAAGCCUUACAAUGUACCUGGUGGUGGCAGUGGCCACUGUUUCUUGCAUCUUCUUCACUUUCGUUAUGGGACUGCUUGUGCUCAGGCUGUGCCACUGGCAUAAGUCAAGAUUGCUGAAGGCCACAAGGAAAGGCGUGUCAAAUGUGGCCACUUCACACUUUGUGGGUAUCGAUGGGGUGCAGGCUUUUCUGCAGACCUAUUCCCAUGAGGUCUCCCUCACAGCAGACUCAAGAAAGAGCCACCUGAUCUUUCCCCAGCCCAACUAUGCUCACACGCUCAUCAGUCAGGAGGGCUGUGAGAAAAACGAGCCUUUAUUGAUACAGGAAGAUCUAACAUUUUGUAAGGACGAAGAUGCUCUUGAUCAGAUUCAUAAGUCUCUUUUAUUGAUUGUAUAA